AGAAGUGGGGCGGGCAAAGCGGGCAAGAUGGCUGCCCCCAUUAAGAUCACGGAGGAGGAGGGGGCUGGGAAGGGCUGACGCCCCUCCUUCCCCCUCCCCGGCCUUUCCCCACGAUCUGGCCUUCUCCUUCUGAAAGGGGGGUGUCCGCUUGCCCCCCCAUCCCUCCCCAAUCAUUACCGUAUUGAUUCCGGAUCCUCGUCCUUGCAUUUCAUCUCCCCCGCGCCCACCUUCUCAAAGCAGAUGCCCGGGCGAGCGAAAGCGUCCCCGUUUCUGCAAAGUCUGGAGUUUUAUAUAUAUUUUUGCAUCAUGUCUGAAAAAGGAUUUUUCCCCCCGCCGGUGAGCCAAUAAGGCGCCGUUCCUGGUGUGAAACAACCCAGCCGCUUGAUCACUUCCUUGAAGCGAGGCAAGUGGGGGGGAGAGAGACGAAAGGCCGAUAAAACUAAAGCUGGUGGGCCAAGCUCUUGCUAUGUACUGCCGCUUGAAAGGGCCAUGGGGAAUAUAUUAACCCCCUUGCCCGGCCUACGAAAAGGGGCCCGCCGAGGGGCAGGACUUUCCAAUCCGGGUAGCUUUGAUGAACUCCACCGAAAAUGCAAAGAAGUUUUCCCCCCACAAAUGGAAGGAGUCAAGCUGAUAAUUAAUAAAUCCCUUAGUAGCCAUUUUCAGGUCACCCACACUGUUCACCUGAGUACGAUUGGGCACUCAAGUUACCAUCUCAACGCAACGUAUGUGGGAGAUCAGCAGCUGAGUCCUACAGAGGCCUUCCCCACACUUAUUGGCGAUAUUAGCAACGUUGGGAGCCUGAGUGCCCAAGCUUUCCAUCUUCUAGCAGAGCGGAUACGAACCAAAGCUGUUUUCCAGACUCAACAGGCCAAAUUCACGACUUGGCAGUUCGAUACCGAAUAUCGGGGGGAUGACUACACAGCCACCCUGACUUUGGGCAACCCCGAUCUGAUCAGUGAAUCGGUCAUUGUCGUUGCGCACUUCCUCCAGAGCAUGACUUCACGGUUGGUUCUAGGGGGUGAACUGGUGUAUCACCGACGUCCGGGCGAAGAAGGCGCAAUUGUCACCCUGGCUGGGAAGUACACCGCUCUGAAAUGGAUAGCCACCCUUAAUUUGGGGUAUGGUGGGGCUCAUGCCAGUUACUAUCACCGGGCUAAUGACCAGAUUCAGGUUGGAGUGGAAUUUGAGGCCAACACCCGGCUUCAGGACACAAGCUUUGCUUUUGGGUAUCAGCUCACCCUGCCCGAAGCCAAUAUGAUUUUCAGGGGGUUCCUGGACAGCAAUUGGUGUGUGGGGGCAGUUCUGGAGAAGAAAAUACUUCCCUUGCCCGUGACCUUAGCUUUGGGUGCCUUUCUCAACCACUGGAAACACCGGUUCCAUUGUGGAUUCAGUAUCAUUGUGGGUUGAGGGCCUGGGUCGGCCUGGCUCUGCUGCAAAAGAGGCGGUUGGGUUUAAAGGCGGGGCAACUGCUUGGCCAAGCAGUCGGCCCGGGGCGGACGGGAGUGUAUUUGUGCGCAUGCAUGGCAGAGUGGUCUCCCGCAGGUGCGCGUCAAUGCAGCAGCUGGUCCGUGCACGAUUCCUGCCUUGAGGAAGCACGCGCUGGUGGGAUGGUGCCCAUUUCUCACCUUUUUAUGGGCACGGAACUCAGAUUUUGCUGGCUUAAGGCCAGGCACAGGAUCUUUGGUUCAGUGGCCGGAAACUUUCCUUCGUUUGGAGAGCACCGAUCCCUGGAUUCCCUAAUGGAGCAAGGGAUCAGCGCCAUCUUGGUGUGGGUGAUGUUGGCACCCUGAAAUUCAGAAGACCUCCAAUCCAGCUGCCAUGCCUUGGACUGUUUGCAGACGCUGGGCUAUUCUGCUUACUCAGGACACAAACCAAAACCAGAGCUGGGGCUUCUGUGUAAGGGUGACUCUGAAUCUAAUUAAAAUAAUGAAGAGGCUGGGCUUUCUACCCCUUCAAAACACCCUC